GACCCUCAACCACUGCAUCCGUCCCUCCUCCCGCCCUGCAGAGCCGGCGGGACCUGCGAUGCGGAGCGGCGCGGCAGGAGCGGCGGGUGUCGCCUGCUGAGGCGGUGGGAGAAUGCGGCCGGCGGGCGGGGAGAUGGGGGCCGGCGACAAGGAAAAUGAGCAUUCUGAGCCAUGCAAAAAUAUACUGAAAACCCCUUUGAAACAAACGGCUACCUCACAGUUAGUAUUGACAGAGAGACAGCCUGACUGUCAGCCUCUAACCACACCCCCGAAACUGAAGGAAACCCCUCCAGCGGAUCCAUGGACACCUACUUCCAACUUGAAAAUGCUGAUUAGUGCAGCUAGUCCUGAGAUUAGGAGCAGAGAACAGAGAAGGCAACUGUCAGACAGUUCAAAUGAGGUCCUACAGACAAAACACUGUUCACAGGAGGACUUAUUGGGGGAUGAAUAUGAAAAAUCUCAACCAAGUCGCAAAGAGAAAAGUCUCGGAUUACUGUGUCAUAAAUUCUUAGCUCGAUAUCCUGAUUACCCCAGCCCUUCACAGAAAAGUUACAUUUGCCUCGAUGAAGUCACUGAAGAGCUACACGUGGAGCGCAGGCGCAUCUAUGACAUUGUGAACGUGCUGGAGAGCCUGCACAUGGUGAGCCGCCUGGCCAGGAACAGAUACGUCUGGCAUGGGCGCCACAACCUCCCCCAGACUCUGCAGGCCCUGAAAAAGGUGGGAGAAGAGAACAAAUACAUACAGCAAAUCCAGAUGAUCAAGAAAAGAGAGUAUGAGCAUGAAUUCGAUCCUGACAGUGAAAGAAAUGAAGAAAUGGCAAGUUCUUUUGGCUCAAGUGACCAGUCAGAAAUGUCUUUUGUCGAGCUCCCAGGAGUGGAAUUUCACGCUGCAUCAGUGAAUGGCAGGAAAUACAAGUCCUUACGAGUCAUGAGUCAGAAAUUUGUGAUGCUUUUCCUUGUGUCAACACCUCAAAUCGUGAGCCUUGAAGUUGCUGCUAAAAUCUUGAUUGGAGAAGAUCAGUUAGAAGACUUAGAUAAAAGCAAGUUUAAAACCAAAAUUAGAAGACUUUAUGACAUAGCGAAUGUUCUCAGCAGCCUUAAGCUUAUCAAAAAAGUUCAUGUUACAGAGGAGAGAGGUAGAAAACCAGCAUUCAAGUGGACAGGACCUGAGGUCUUGCCAAAUACUCAGGAUACUAAGCUGGAAGCAACUUCUACAACCUCUUCCCCACCUGUUUCAGAAUCCAUCCCUUCCAAAGAGCAGUGCUCAAAAGCCCUUUUUCCUUCAAAAGGAAAGCAAAACUUUACUCGGCAUUCAUCUCUAAUAAAAUUAGUUAAGAGUAUAGAGAACGACAGAAGGAAGAUCCAGUCUGCUCCAACCAGCCCAGUUAAAAUAAGUGCCAGUACUUAUCAAAGUUUACCAGUUUUCCCAAAUACAAUAGCUCAGUUUCCAGCAAUCACUAAACAUCAGCUGGAAGGACAAUCCAAGGCAGCAGAAGAGAUGCAAAUGAAAUGUGCCCUGUCCUCGCCUGAGGCUGUUCCCAAGCCUGAACCCUCUCAGCAGCCAGGUCUGAGCCAGCCCCUUGGGGUGUGCCCUGCAAGCCACAGCUCCAUGUCACCAGUCAUCUUACCUCAUCCUCAGUCUGGGGUUUCAUAUGCAAUCUGUCUGCACCCUUCCCAAGCCCACACGGUGACAACGUACAGCCCAGGCUUCAUGUUGCAACCUCUGCCAUGUGCUAACCUAACUGGAAUUAAGAGUAAUAAUUCAAAGGUAUUAAAUAAAAUAACCACUGAGGAAAGGGACACUCAGAAAGGUCCGGAUGAGCCUACAAAAUCCUUGGCAGCUGAAGAAAGACCUGAGACGAAAUCAGAAACUUCAUCUCAGCGGUGCCUUAAAAGAUCACAAGCAUUACCAGAGAAUAAUUUAAUUAAAAGGCAUAAAAGUGAUGAGGAAAGCCUUGAUUCUUCUUUGGGAGAAUCCACUAAGAACGAAAAAACACCUUCCAAAAGCUCACAAAUGAAUCGUGAAAUGGACAAUGUCCAGGAAGAGAGACAGAAUGAGACCAAAACAGUAGAUCAAAACAUGGCAAGUUGCUGUGACCAAUGUACAACAGAAAAUAUUCCAGAAGACGAAGAUAAAAUCAAAACAAAACAAGACAUACCUGUGGCAUUUGCCAUUCCUGCUCCUGAGACUUUUUUUCCAUCUGGUUAUCUUAUUCCUCUGACUCACUGCACCCAUGGCAACAAGGCAGAGUGCUCCAAUAAAGAGAAGGCUGGGGUGUGUUCUCUGCAGCACACGACCUACAGCUCUCCCAUCACUGGUGUCGUUCCAAUGCCAGCCUCAGAACUAAAAACAGUCAAUAUUCCUGCUUUUCAUAUAACACCAUUGAACAUAAUGGUGUCACCAAAUUCCAUAGCUGCUGCACCUGUACUGAGCAACUCCUGCCUCAAUUCUAGCAGUACGAGUUCUGCCCCAAAUCCAAGCUCUUCAGCUCUGAACUUUAUGCUGCAACACAUAGGACUACUACCUGCUGGUGUGCAAGUUGCUGCAAAUCCUGUUCUUCAGCAUGUGCCAGUCUCUUCCCAAUCAGAAAAUAUCGGCCAUAGCUCAGGGAGCACAAAUGUGCAAGAAGGGAAGCCUUCUGCUCCAAAGGAACCUCAGGAGCCUCAGACAGUUACAGAAAACUUUUUCCGCACACCAGGAGGGCCAAACACAGAACCUUCGCUAUCUGCAAACUCAGAUGGUACCCAAAGAACCUCUCAAGAAGCUCUGUAUAUUCCUCAACGAAAACUUGAAGUUUCAGAAGACUAAUUUUGGGAUAGGGAAUUGCUGACUGUGUUAGCAGGCAAAAUUACUUACUGGUAACACACUGCACACGUCUGGCAUUGUAUGAUGGACAAUGGUUUGGACAUGUAUUGCCAAGAUCUCAAUGCUGGAAUAGCCUUAAUUGAUGCUUUAGAAAAUAAAACUGACUCUUAAGGAGAAAGUUAAUGCCUAAUUAAUUUUUCCGAAAGGCUUACCUGAAGUGUUUUAACGACAAAGUUAUGUAUCUAGUGGGGUUUUUUGUGUGUUGACUUCUUCUAUGCAAAGUAAAAUGAAAUUAUCUUUGUACAGAAAGGUACAGUCAGUACAUAUUUUGCACCAAAAAAAAAGUACUGUGAGUGUGUAAAUAUUUCAUCUUAGCAAAAAGGCUAUUGUUAAAAUGUUUUGCUUCUAUGUUUAAUAAUGCUCUCUUGUAAAGUUAAUAAGAAGCCCAAAAAACCCCAAAAAUUUUCUUAAUCAAUUUUUAUAUAAGUUAAGAAUUAUUUAUACUGUAUUUUUAAAUCGAUUUGUUCAGAUUAAACUUACAUAAAAUUCUACACUGGCUUUUUCUGUUUGAUCAGAUUAGAUUACCUAAAUUUUACAUUGCAUAUUCACUGGCAUCUCUUCAUUCUUUUUUUGUCAGGCAGGGCUUUGCUGUGUUCUGAAGGAAGGGGAAAAAAUGGUAUUUUGUGAAAAAGUGAAUUAAGUAACUCAAUGUAACUUCUGAAUUCUUAGCAGUAGAUAAUACAACUCCUAAAAACAGGUUAGAACAAAACAGGAAGGAAGGUAUCAUCCUGGAGCCUUCAGGAACGUGUGUCCAAGCGUCACAGAAAUUUCAAACAGGUUCAAUCAAACCACUUGAAUUAUAAUACAGGCAGCCAUGUCUCAUAUACACUGAAGGAAGAAAGGUGAAGGCUCCUCAUACAGUUUACACUCAUAUAACAAGUAACAGCUAACAAAAUAAAUAAAAAUACAGUGUAUCUGCCUUCCCAGGUACAAUGGGCCUGGUAUAGGAAAAAUGGUAGCAAAGCCCAAGAUUCAGGCUUGGUCUGCAUAAAAAAAUACAAUUAAAACGGCUACCACAGUAAAACAAACUCAUCUGCUCUUUAAUAAUGCAGAGAUCUAAAAUACACCUGACAGAACACGAUCACUAUUGAAAUAUUCCUAAACAAAGGGGAAAGAAGAAUAAUAGCUGAAAGAGGGAAGAAUUCUCACUAGAGCACUGAGUAUCCAAAGAGAUAACUGAUCUUCCUUACACCUAUGAAUUUCAUUUUGGAAAGAUAAAGGUAAAGACUUUAUAAACUUGCAUUUUUCAGUGGAAACAAACUACACUCCUUUCAUUUUUUGAGCACCACCCCUGACAGACUAAGAAACUCCAGUAAUCAGGCUUGGUGAAAUGGUCUCCUCACACAUGGUGCUGAGAAAGCUGAGCAUAUUUUGGAAAGUUGAGCACAUUUUGUGACUUGCUGUCCAGUGUCCCUUGGCUCCUGACACAUUGCAGUUGCUUUUUCAUGAGCACUUUUCUUCCUAUAUGCUGGUUUUGCAGGCUGAAAAUCUGGUUUCUCAGCUCCAAGGGUCUCAUGCCCCAGCAGACCUGCAUUUGUCUCUGACAGCCCAGGUCUCUGCUCUUCCCACCUGUCUCACCUCCCCUGGAACGUGCCCUGAGUACCUGAU